AUGCUAGAGAGAGUCCGGGUGCGCCAACGGGUGCAUCCCGUGAACAACGCCUUCAACCUGUUGAAAGCUCCGUCCGCCUCUGCUGACCACCGUGGGAGAGGAGAGGCAGCGGUUACGGGCCGGAGCCGGGGGCGGAGUCGGAGUCGGAUCUGGAGUCGGAUCUGGAGUCGGAGCCGGAGUCGGAGCCGGAGUCGGAACCGGAGUAGGAGUAGGAGUCGGAGUCGGAGCAGGAGUCGGAGCAGGAGCAGGAGCUGGAGCCGGAGUCAGACUAGGAGUCAGACUAGGAGUCGGAACCGGAGUCGGAGUCGGAGUCGGAGUCGGAGCAGGAGCAGGAGCAGGAGCAGGAGCAGGAGCCGGAGCAGGAGUCGGAGCAGGAGUCGGAGUCGGAGUCGGAGUCGGAGUCGGAGUCGGAGUCGGAGUCGGAGUCGGAGUCGGAGUCGGAGUCGGAGUCGGAGUCAGAGCAGGAGUCGGAGCAGGAGCAGGAGUCGGAGCAGGAGUCGGAGUCGGAGCAGGAGCCGGAGCAGCGGCAGGAGCCGGAGUCGGAGUCGGAGCAGGAGUCGGAGUCGGAGCUGGAGCCGGAGUCGGAGCAGGAGUCGGAGUCGGAGCCGGAGCCGGAGCCGGAGCAGGAGCAGGAGCCGGAGUCGGAGUCGGAGUCGGAGCAGGAGUCGGAGUCGGAGCAGGAGCCGGAGUCGGAGCAGCGGCAGGAGCCGGAGCAGGAGUCGGAGCAGGAGCUGGAGCCGGAGUCGGAGCAGGAGCUGGAGCAGGAGUCGGAGCAGGAGCUGA